UACGAGAAAUGGCCAAUUAUCUUCUCUCACAAUCUGGAGAUCAACGGGUUGGAGAAAAAUGGGUAUAUAAUCUUGUUAAACGUCGCCCAGAGAUCAGUUCGAAGUUCUCAUGAAGAUACAAUUAUGAACGUGCGAAAUGUGAAGAUCCGAAGAUUAUUCAAGAAUAUUUUGACCGCGUACAAACUACUAUAUCUACGUACGGAAUCCUACCAGAAGAUAUCUACAAUUUUGAUGAGACUGGCUUUGCUAUGGGACUCUGCGCAACUGCAAAGGUUAUUACUGGAAGCGAUUGAUACGCUCAGCCAAAGCUUUUACAACCUGGAAAUCGAGAAUGGGUGACUGCAAUUGAAGCAACAAAUUCAACUGGAUGGGCCCUGCCUUCGUACAUUAUCUUCAAAGCCAAAAAAAAUGUACGAUUAGGCUGGUUUGAUGAGCUCCCAGAUGAUUGGAGAAUCAAUAUUAGUGAAAAUGGCUGGACUACAGAUCAAAUAGGAUUAGAAUGGCUUAAAACCCAUUUUAUUCCUCUUGUUCGUGCUCAUACAUUGGGAACAUAUGCUAUGUUGAUUCUUGAUGGCCAUGGAAGCCAUUUAACACCAGAAUUUGACCGUACAUGUACUGAGAAUAGUAUUAUUCCAGUCUGUAUGCCAGCUCAUUCUUCACAUCUCGUACAGCCUCUUGAUGUUGGCUGUUUUGCUGUUUUAAAACGGCAUUAUGGGCAGCUUGUUGAGCAGCGAAUGAGGCUUGGCUUCAACCAUAUUGACAAAAUUGACUUUUUAACAGCAUUUCCACAGGCUCGUACGAUGGCCUAUAAAGCUCAAACUAUCCGGAAUAGCUUCACAGCCACUGGAUUAGUGCCUUUCAAUCCGGAUCGAGUUAUUCAACAACUUAAUAUUCAAUUGAAAACGCCAACCCCCCCUCCAAGUCAAUCCAGCAAUACACAAUCAUCCUGUUUACAGACACCUCAAAAUAUACGUCAAUUCCUACGCCAGUCAACUACAUUAAAGAGACGUAUAAGUGAAUGUACAGGAAAUCCAAAUCAAGUGAUUGAUCAAGUAAUUACGCGGAUGUCAAAAGCCUAUGAAAUCACAAUGAAUGAUCUGUUACUCGUACGGAAAGAAAGCCAUGAUUUUCGAGCUGCGAAUGAAAAAGAGAAGCAAAAACGCCAAAGAUCUAAGAAACAGAUAUCUACUGAGCAAGGGAUUACUAGAGAAGAAGCUCAAGCACUCGUACAAGGUCAGGUUGAAGCAUCUCAAGCUGUUACUACUGCUCCGGCCGAGCCGGAGCUCCCAGCCUCUCAAACAAUUGUACGACGCCAAUUUCAGUGUAGUGGUUGUGGAGUUAUUGGGCAUCGAAUUAACAGAUGUCCUAAUCGUAAUGCUAGUUAGAUUUUUGUAUACAUUUUGUAUGUGGAUUUGAAAUUGGGAUUUGAAAUCAAUAUAUAGAGUUAUUUUUGGGAGAUGUGGCCGGUUCGUUUACGUGGCCGGUUCGCUUACCGAUUACGUUAACU